GGGGCAGUUGUGAGGUUAUCGGUUGUUCCUGUAAUGGCGGAGCGUGGGGACUCUGAUGCCGAGAGAUACAAUAAUGAUAUUAGGAUGGCACAGCAGCAGCAGCAACAGCAACAGCAGGCUCUGCGAUUUCGUGGUCCUACACCUCCACCUGCUGGUGUUUUAAGAGGCCCUCCUCCUCUCCUGCGUCCACCUCCUCCUUUCAGUAUGAUGCGAGGACCUCCGCCGCCACCCCGGCCUCCAUUUGGACGUCCUCCUUUUGAUCACAACAUGCCACCAAUGCCACCGCCUAGUGGCCUACCACCUCCAAUAGCUCAUCCUCAUCUUCAGAGACCCCCGUUUAUUCCUCCACAUAUUGGAAGUAUGCCACCUCCAGGAAUGCUGUUCCCACCAGGGAUACCACCGGUGUCUUCACCUGCUUCAACACCAAAUCCCAGUCCUAACACUGUGCCUACACAGGCACCAACACUGCCACCAAAUGAGGAAAUCUGGGUGGAGAAUAAGACCCCAGAUGGCAAGGCAUAUUUUUACAAUGCUCGAACCCGUGAAUCUGCAUGGAGUAAACCGGAUGGAGUAAAAGUUAUCCAGCAAUCAGAACUGACUCCAUUAAUGUCCCAAGCUCAGGCUCAAGUAGUUCAAGCCCAGGCUCAGGCACAAGCUCAGGCACAAGCUCAGGCGCAAUCCCAACCUACUCAUAUGCAGAAUGCUAGUGCUGCCUCUACAACAAGUAGUAGCCCUUCAUUAAUGGUAUCGACGUCGGCAACUUCAGGCAGUCAGUCGUCUUCAACUAAUACUUCCACAUCAAGCUCUGUCCCACAAGUGGUACCUAGUUCGUCCGCUCCUGAGCAAUCCAUGACUGUUUCUGUGACAACCUCAUCCUCAGUCAGUAUGGCAGCAUCUCUGCCCACAGUCUCGUCAGUGCAAGCCCUGUCUCAGCCUCUAUCCCAUACAUUGCCCCCAACGGUUCCUCAUCCUACAGCAGCAAUCCAAGCUUUCCCUCCUGUUAUGGUACCCCCUUUUCGAGUGCCCCUUCCCGGCAUGCCUAUACCACUGCCAGGUGUAGCAAUGAUGCAAAUAGUCAGCUGCCCGUAUGUAAAGACAGUCGCUACCACCAAAACCGUGAACAUGUCUCUAGGUGUCAUGCCUGGAAUUGGUCCUCCAAUGGUCUCAAUGAUACACCCUCAAGUGGCCCUUGCUGCUUCUCAAGCCACACUAGCAGGAGCGACAAUGAUGUCUGAAUGGUCUGAAUAUAAAACUGCCGAUGGCAAAACAUACUAUUAUAAUAAUCGCACUUUGGAGUCUACAUGGGAAAAGCCUCAGGAACUUAAAGAAAAAGAUAAAGAAGUGGAGAAAGUAAAGGAGACAGUUAAGACUGAGCCAGUUGUGGAGGAACCCCAGCCAAUGGAGGCCGAGGAAGAGGUGCCAAAGGAAGAACCUCCCAAGGAGAUUAAGGAGGAACCAAAAGAAGAAGAAAUGACGGAGGAAGAAAAAGCUGCCCAAAAAGCCCGCCCAGUAGCUACCACACCAAUUCCUGGCACUCCAUGGUACUUAUGCCCCCCAAAGCCUGUUUUCUUGCCAAUAUUUGCAGGGACUUUUGUGUUAGCCCUGGAUUUUGCAUCUUUACAG